AUGGCAGCGGCAGCCCCACAGCGCAGUCCCUCACAAAGAUGGUGGCGGCCGCGCGGACGUGGCGGUGGCGCCGAGCGGCAGCCUACGCAUGCGCAGCUGCGUGCGGGCCGGGGACCAUGGGCAGGAGGCGAGAGAGGCUGAGCGUGGCCCGUGAGAUUGACGGCCUGGAGGAGAAGCUGGCGCACUGCAGACAGAGCAUGGAGGAGGUGGAUGUGAAACUGCGCAGGGAGAAGCUCAGCCCUGAAGGAAGAAAGUCACUGGAGAGAGAGAGAAACUUACUAAUGACCAAAGCUGACAACUAUGAGAAAGAACUGAAUGCGCUUCGUAAGGAAAAUCGCAGGAAUGCUGCCCUUGCUGUGGCCAUGGGGUUGCUGAUUGCUCUUAUUUACAUCUGCUGGACAAUGUGAUUGCACUCAAGAAUUCUCCCCGCUGACCAAAUGACUGUCCUGCAAAGAACUCUUCCUCCUCACUGCUGUGCUUCCCCCAAGGGUGAGGAUCAGCAUUUCAAAUUGCUCUUCUGAUUUAUCCUCAAGCCUCAUUGUAGGAAAAGUUUUUUUCUCUUGAGAACUGAGGGGGUCAGGAGACAAACCAGAAAUUACAGCACACUUACAACUGGGAAUAGGGUCAAGCAGAGCUCAAGGUGCUGCCUUACCCAGUAUGCAGUCUGGACCACCCAGCCUGAUGCAGGAAAGCAAUACAUUCUUCCUUUUGAACAGGACCACUGUGGUUGCAGGCAAGUGCUCUCUGCCCAGCCCAGUUGAAUACAUGCCACCUUCUUGGUUCCUGUGACUCAGCCAGAAGCUGAAGGGACACCAAGCUCUUUGACUCAAAGGAUAACUUGGAUAUCGUGACCUAAAUACUGCACCUGUCAUCAAAGCUGAGCUAAACAAAGAUGUUUCUUCCUCCACACUAACUUAGAGGACCAAAGGAAUCCUACCUCCACAAAAACUGAUGGGAGGUUGGUAUCUCUGUUUCUGCAAGUAGCAACCAAUUUGAGAUCUGAGUGCUUGUGCUCUGAGAAGAUGUACCUACCUCUCCAGUGCAGCAGAGCUUGAUAGCCUUUUUUGUGCCUCUGAGAACUGACACAUGCAGAAGAGAAUUGACUAUCAACUCCCAGGGAUGGAAUUGCCUCUGCAGGGCUUUAAAUAAAAUAAUUUGACCUUCAAAA